AUGGCGGCUGGUCCGGACGGGUUAAUGAUUGAACGAGCAUAUGAUACUCAGGACGGCUUGUUUGACCUGGCGUGGAGUGAAAUUAAUGAAAAUCAGAUUAUCGGGUCCAGUGGGGACGGAUCCAUCAAGAUGUGGGACGCCACCCUGGCGGAUUUUCCUAUUCAAAAUUGGCAGGAACAUCAACGGGAAGUGUUUUCAGUGGAAUGGAAUCUGAUUACCAAGGAUGUGUUUUCCAGUGGAUCAUGGGACCACACUGUCAAAAUUUGGAAUCCGCAAGCACCGAGAUCUUUACAAACGUAUACCGAGCAUACACACUGUGUUUACAGCACAUCAUGGUCUCCUUACAAUCCGACAGUGUUAAUGAGUGGUUCAGGGGAUCAGACGGUCAAGAUUUGGGACACAAAGAGCCCUCGGUCAGUACAAACAAUCCGGGCACACAAUAACGAGAUUUUAUCGGUGGAUUGGAACAAGUAUCAGGAUCAAAUGUUUGUUACGGGUUCCGUUGACCGCACCGUAAAGGUCUGGGAUCUUCGCCGUCCUGACCGUGAAGUGAUUUGUCUAGCUGGCCACGAAUUUGCUGUACGCAACGUCAAGUGUUCUCCUCAUCGACCCAACAUUGUGGCCAGUGCAGCGUAUGACAUGAGCGUACGGUUCUGGGAUACAGCGGCACCUCUCGGACAAAACAUGAUUAGUCUGCAUGACGCACACACCGAGUUUGUGCUCGGCCUUGAUUUCAAUCUUUAUGUGGAAGGCCAAGUGGCGACGUGUGCGUGGGAUGAAACGGUUCAUGUAUUCGUUCCACCAGGAUUGAUGGGACGAUAA